AUGCAGCUCCCUACCCUUUUCCUCCUCAGCGCCCUCCUCGGACUGGCCAGCGCAGCUGCUAUUGCGCAGCCUGAAGAAUUGGUUGAGCGAGCCUGUCACCCGCUCUACGGCUCUUGCAACAAGAACAGUGAUUGCUGUGGGAGUUUGACCUGCUUUACGCAUGCCGCUGGCAGUGGUACAUGUGCGAACCUGUGA